AUGAGAUCGCUCGAUGCGGGUAUCUGGGUAUUAUCUGGGCCCCUGCAUGUGGCAACGCAAUCGGAGCGCCCCCUGGUGGCCAACUUUGGCGCGCCCGCCCAGAAGAAACAGUUUCUUCCCAACAUCCUAAACGGCACCGUUAGAUUCUGCCUAGGAGUGACCGAGCCGGACGCCGGUUCCGAUGUCGCUGGCAUCACGACCACCGCAGUCCGCCGCGGUGACAAGUACAUCGUAAACGGGGCCAAGAAGUGGAUCACCAAUGGGAUAUUUGCCGAUUACUGUACUACUGCGGUAAGAACCGGCGGCCCCGGUGCCAGGCGGAUUUCAGCCCUGAUCAUUCCACUCGACGCUGUCGGUGUUACCCGUCGUAAGAUUGAAAACUCGGGUGUAGCUGCAAGCGGGUAUACAUACAUUGAGUUCGAUGAGGUUGAGGUACUGGGUUAUAAUCAUGUGGGUGGUGAGGGCGUUGCCGUUAUUGAGCCGAUUCAGGGUAAUUUUGGCGGUCUUCCCGUCACGAAGCACUAUGAGGCCGCUGCUGUCUCUCACUUGGCUGAUGAAUACCGCAAUCUCUCUUACCCCGUAGCCAAGUGCGCGCUGGAAACUUUUCAGAUUCGGGACGAGCACGUGAAGGCGCAAGAGCGGAUUUUGUGCGAGGCUUCGGACGCCUGGGUGGUUGAGGAUUCGCUCGUGGUCAGCGAGCUGCGGCACGGCUUUCGGCGAGACGAUGGAGACGGCGCCCUAAGCCAGGCGAAACAGCAGGCAUGGGAGGAGCUGCGCGACAAGCAUUACAGGGCCCCUGAGGCAGCGUGCAACAACGGCACCAGGAAAGAAGUCAAUUGCUCGCACGAGAUCGUGUUAAUCUCUUACUUGACUCAGACUCUCCGUUCCUUGAGCUCUGUGCCCUCGCCAGUCAUGGAUGACUCGUCUCCGGCGGCCUCUCUAGUCGCUGGUAUCGGCAAAGUUUGCGGAAGAGCAUACUUGGUCCUAUCUCACAUUCCGACGUUGAGUGAGGGUGCACGAAAUGAGCUUACUGUAUUGAAACAAAACCGAGUCACGCAGAUGGCGACGGAAAAUGAUCUCCCAAUGAUCGACCUGGUUCAAUCGGCCGGUGUUUUCUUACCUCAACAAUUCAAGGUCUUUCAUAAACGAGGCCAGAUAUUUCGCGACCUAGCCAUCCGGAGCGCACAGGGUAAGCCCAAUUGUACUGUGGUAUUUGGCUCAUCAACGGCCGGCGGCGCUUACCACCCUGCCAUGUCUGACUACACCAUCUUUGUUGAAAAUCAGGCGCAGGUCUUCCUGGGCGGCCCUCCCCUAGUGAAAAUGGCGACUGGAGAGGUCGUUGACGCGGAAACUCUCGGCGGAGCCAAGAUGCACGCGUCGAUUACUGGCCUCGCCGAUAGGACCGCCUCGGAUGAGUAUGACCAGACGCUAACACCCUCGACUGUCCAUCUACGCCCAAGGGGACAUGAAAGACUAAUCCUGCGGUAA